UUGACCUUUAACCUGGCAGUUUAAACCGCAAGCGCGAGGGAAUUGUUGUGGAUAGCUGGAGACAUGUCAGUGCAUAUACUCACAGGAGAUGCACAGAUACCAUCGACCCUACAGAGGAUCUACAUAAAAGACCUCAACCACGAUUCACAAUGUACAGACAAAUAUGUGAAGGGAACUGUAAUAAUGAAGCACAAUUUAAUUGCCUUGACAAGAGGAGAAGAUAUGCUUAAGGCUGUAAUAGAAGAACAUGCACAUCAGCAUGCUAAAUUAUCAGAGACCACGUCAAUCAAUGUCUUUUCAUUUGGCAAGCUGGCAAAAGACUUCUCAGAUAAAAUCAAUCAAGGGGACACUAUUGUCAUAACUGGAUUUAGAUUAGGCAUGUCACCAACAGUUAAUAAAGAUAAGAGGCACCUCUGUCAGAUAGAGUUAGAAGAAAGAAGAGCAACAAUUUAUGUUUGUCCUGCAGCUUUCUCUGGUCAGAGCUCAUCUGUGGAUUCUUCAGGGACUUCAGAACACAGUUCUAAUAAUCCUAAGCCAAAAUAUACCUAUGUUCCUCUGAAUGAGCUCAAGCCUGGAGAGGUUGCUAACGUGUAUGGCAUCGUGACCUUCUUCAAGCAGCCUUUUCAAACCAAGGGAACUGAAUGUUUUCCCAAUUUCAUCCAGUAUUCAGUAACGUGGUGCCACAGAUACCAUACCACAUAA